GACCACAACGACUGUCACUUCUCAUGUGUCGUUCAAUACAUUAUAUUUCCUUCGCAUACCAUCACUGCAUCUAAAGAGAGCUUAUCAGACGACGAAGAGUCGGAAUUAACUGAAGACGACGGAGAACUACAACUCAUAACCGAGUGUUGGGUUGAGCCACAGAAUGGAGUUUCGUUUGAUUGCAGUAAUCGUAACAAAUUUCUCGAGGGAUUAGACUAUAAGGAGAUCUCACAGUCGUUCUAUGCCAUUGAUUUGGAAGCCAUUUCAUGCCUCUUAACGUUUGAACAAACGCUCAUUUUGUGCCAAAACGAUGCCAUCGAGACACCAAUCGAUGACAUCCCCGUCUCUAACACGGAAUCGCCUCAACAUAAUCUGAAACACUCAACAAGCAAACUAUUGGGCACUUCAACCCCCGAUAUCCCACUCAUUAUGCCACCCAUUCCUAAGUCAGAGCGCAUUAAAACAAAUAAG